AUGAUGGAGAGAAUCCUACUAGAGAGACUUAACUAUGUUAUCGAAGACCAACUGCAUGAGUCACUCUGUGGUUUUAUGAAGGGGAAAGACACAUCAGGAGCUUUCACUAACUGUCUGACUAAUGAGUAUGACUACUGCAGGACCUUCAUUGACCUAAAGGGGGCGUUUGAUAGGGCUAAUGAUGAUAUAAUACUAUUUAAACUGGCAAACAUGGGUGUCAACGGUAAAUUACUACAUUGGGUCGGCGACUAUCUGUAUGACAGAAAAGCAAGAGAGUUUUUUCAGGGAGCCAUCUCCAAUGAAAAAUGCAUGGAGCUUGGCACCCUUCAAGGGGGUUCUUAG